AUGGUUCGGUUAUUGCUCCUUACAACUUUAACAAGUUCUGUUAUUAAACUUAGUCAUUGCACAGUUUCCGCAUCUGUCUCGAUGGCGCUAAGAAGUGUUGAUUUUGAAAUAUUUGGUAGAGUUCAAGGUGUAUUUUUCCGCAAGUACACAAAAAAUCAAGCAGACAAACUAGGAUUAAAAGGAUGGUGUAUGAACACAUCUCGAGGAACUGUGCAAGGACAGAUGCAGGGGCCAAAUGAUAAAGUGGAAUCUAUGAUGCAAUGGCUGAAAACAACUGGCAGCCCAAGUAGCAAGAUUGAUAAAGCCGACUUCAAUAAUAACAAGGAAAUUGACGACUAUACAUUUAAAAGCUUCGAUAUUCGUCGGGAUGAUUAA